AUGUUUCGCGGGCACUGCUACUUGGGUACAGAAAUUAUCGAACGGAACAUGCAACUCCAGAGCCUUUCGCCAAUUGACACAACUGUUAACUGCAACCCUUUCAGUUGGCGAAACAAGAUGUCGACCCAUUAUGAUGUUCUCUCAGUCGGUCGGGAUGCGAGUGCGCAAGACAUCCGUAAAGCCUGGAUGGCGUUAUCUACGCAGAACCACCCAGACAAGACCAGGAGCCUCCCUCCUGAGGAGCGGGCAAGGCGAGAAGGCAUCUUGAAAACCGUGAACAAUUCUUAUGAAGUGUUAGGUGAUCCUUCUAAAAGGAAGACGUAUGAUGCUUCCCUCUAUUGGUCGCCAGAGAAUCCAACCAUUCCUAAAAGCCCUUCGCGCCCCUCGAAACCAGAAAAUCCAAACACCAUUCGACACCAAGACGACAAAGGCUGGAAUGUAGAGAUCACCAUUCCAAAUCGAUAUCGUGUCCACUCCGGAGGGGUACAUAUCUUUAACUCGUUAGUAUCGAACAACUGUCUGCUGGUCAUCGUUUCUCUCCCGUUCAACGAGGGCUUUGAUCCCGAGAAAGCUACGGUCAAUAGUAAAGACUUUAUAAUCCGGGUAUUCGACUCUCCAAAUCAUUGGCAUGUAGCUAUCAACACCGAAUUCCAGAUUCGCCGGGAAAGCGGGGCGACUCUGAACGUCAGGUUCACCCCAAUUCCCAGGCCAGAAAACGACCACAGGCAGUACCCCGGAGAAGAUUGGCAUGUUGAUGUCGAUCAUUCCAUUCGGGCACCAAAGGAUGCAGCUUUGGUCAUCACUCGAAUGAGGUUUCAAACAAACCAGCCUGAUGGUAAUGACGGCAUUGCAGCCGAUGAUCUGCGAAAACAACUAGAGUUCGAUAGGCCUGGGAUCAAGAUUGUGGAUUUAGAAGACCGCGAUCGUAUCUUUCAUUCCAAGGUCCAAGGCACACAUGCAUCCCUCAUCGUAGCGGCUGGGUACAGAUUGUAA